AUGGUACAAAUUGUUAUUUCCAGUACUGGGGCUGGAGGCCUGGCAGAAUGGGUGCUGAUGGAGCUGCAGGGGGAGAUCGAGGCUCGCUGCAGCACCGGAUUAGCUGGAAACCUCCUGGGAGACCUACAUUACACCACUGAGGGAAUUCCUGUGCUGAUCGUGGGGCACCAUAUCCUGUAUGGGAAAAUCAUCCACCUGGAGAAACCUUUUGCCAUCCUUGUCAAACACACACCUGGGGAGCAGGACUGUGAUGAGUUUGGCUGUGAGACUGGCACCCGGUACUUGGUGACAGCACUCAUCAAAAACAAGAUCCUUUUCAAAACCCGCCCCAAGCCCAUUAUCACCAGCGUCCCCAAGAAAGUAUGA